UGUUGUAAUUAUGGUUUAACUGAUGUAUUUUAAUAAUGUUCCCUGAGGGUAUGACUUCUGAACAGGUCUGUUAUAUCAGUGUUAAGCUGUGAGCAGGUAAUACCCAGCUGUGGUAGGGAGCGCAGAAUGACUCACCGUGUCUCUGAUGCAUAAACAGUGUCACCGAAGUGCUGGACGGCCUGCGUGGAACCAGCCAGCUUGCUGUCUGCUGAAUCUGUACGUGUUCGUUUUGGCCAGCGGGGAACACACAGUGCUGGAGGGUCACAUGGUUUCCACCCCCGGCAGGUCUCAGCCCCCCAGGCACUGGAAUGCUGCUUGAAGAGGGAGGGGGGCCCCCAAGCCCUGCUCACAAGCAACCCCCCAAGCCAAGGCUCCCGUUUUUGUGGAGACUCAAGAUGAGGAAGAAGUUAAAGACCAUUCCCUCGGUCCUGGGCAUCUUCAGACCAGUGGUAGGACGGUGCUGCCAUCAGUGCACCCCCAAGAGCCUGGGAUGGAAGCUGCUGCAGCCAUCGCCCUCCCUGGGAUUUCGGGACCUGCUGAGCAUAAAUGAGACUCACACCAGGUACCGGGGCUGGCUCGUCAGGCGGCUGUGCGGCCUGGCGUUCGUCUGGGGGUGCAGGGUGGAUCCUGGCGUCACCACUGACAUCGCCGAGCAGGUCCGCAGCAGUGAGCGGGUGCAGAAGAUGCUCUCCUCUGCAAACAGUGUGUUUGAAGUUUCCGACCAGCAGCAGCAACGCCCCAUGCUCAACACCAGGGGGCAGGCUUCCCAUUUCUACUCUCACGUUGAAGUCAGCAUAUCACCAAUGCUACUUAGAGUGGCCAGUUGGAUGCUACUUAAACUAUUGAGUUUCCUAUUCUGUAACAUCCAGAUCAACCUCAACCAGGUGGCUGCCCUCCAAAGAGCCACAGAGAUGGGGGCUCCCCUGGUCUUCUUGUUCCAGCAGCAGUGUGCUUUUGAUUACGUCCUCAUCCCACACAUCCUCUUCUGUCACAACCUGAGGGUCCCCUACACCGUGUGUCACCUCCAGCCCGGAAGUUGCUGGUUCAGACUGGUCCUCCAGCGACUGGGCAUGGUCUGUCCCCCACCCAGGCCAGAGGGGGAUGCAGAGGCGAGCCGCUUGUAUGAAGCCAUUAUGACUUCUUUCAUCAGCGUGCUGCUCCGGGAGGGCCAGAGCGUAAGCUUAGCUCUGCCUGGGGCCCACCAGCAGAGGCCGGAGGAGCUGGUGAGACUGCAAGAGGCGCUGAGGGACGGCUGCGUGCCCGACGUCAGCCUGGUGCCCGUGGCCAUCGCGUACGACCUGCCUCCGCAGCACGCCCUCCGGGGUCAGCAGAGCCCCUGGUCCUUGUGUUGGUCCCUUGCGUCUCUACUAUGGGAAGGUCGCCGGGGAAGCGUCAGGAUCCACUUCGCUCAGGCCUUCUCUCUGAAGGAGAUGUGCGAGUCUAGUAGGUGCCAUGUGAAUGGAGGGCGCCCCCUGCAGGAGCUCCUCUUACCCAGCAUUCUUGACAAAAGCUCUGAGUCGUUAUUUGGGUGUACGUCAGUGUCCUCGAUGUCCCCCACCUCCCGCUGCCCUGAGUCACCCCCGUCAGAGAGAGAGCUGAGCAUUGCUCUCAGUCUGCAUCUUCUCCAUGCAACCUCCACCUGCACGGCCAUCAUGUCCACCGCCUUGGUGUCGUGUCUCCUGCUGCAUAAACAUCGUGAGGGCGUUCGUCUGUCCCAGCUCUGCCGGGACGUCUUAUGGCUCUUGGAGGAGGUCGUGUUCCGGAACCGGGACGUGGGAUUCGGGGGGUCGUUGCCAGAAGUGGUGUGCCACGCUGUGUCCCUGCUGCAGCCCCACCUGCACCUAGUGCAGCUGCCCCACACAGCAGACCCCCUCCUGGCCCCCCGGUCAUCUCGCACCGCCAUCCUAGCCCUGGCGGGGCGCUGCCCCCUCCUCACUCACGUCUUCAUCAUGGAGGCCGUCGGAGCCUGUGCUGUGCUGGCUACGCUCUGCGAGGUGGCAGCCUGCGGCGGAGGCGGCAGCGAGGUGGAGUUCGACGUAGUGCUGAGCCAGGACGAGCUGAGCGAGAGGGCCCUGCAGCUCUGCCACCUGCUGCCCGCUGCCGGAUAUUUCCCCCCUUGUCAAUCGCCCUACGCCUUUGCCCUGGAUGCCGUGGACAGCCUGGUGCACUGUGGCGUCCUGGUCCUGGAGGAGCAGCCCCAGGGCCAGCGCAUGUACGACUACUGGAAGAGGGAGAAGGUGCUGAUAUGGAGCUCUGCUGAUGAUGGCGACCUCAGUGACUCAGACUGCGAGAAGCAGGAGACGCGCUGUUACAAGCUCGGCCAGCCUAGCCAGGGUCCGGAGCUGUUCUUUUUCCUGUGCAGUUUGCUAAGCGUUCAGCUGAGGGCGCUCUCCUGGGCUGUUGAGGGGUUGGAGUUCCUAAAAAGCCCUCUCCCAGAGCCGGACUGUGUGGCGUGGCUCCAGAGCUUCCUGUGUGACAGAGCCAGUUGGGGGUGGAGGCGGUACGAAAGUACAUCAGCCGACGUCGUGAGAGCAGCGGUCCAUACCUUCAUCGAUCUGGGGGUGCUGGAGAGGCUGGAGGAGCAGGCCGGAGUGAGAGUCCUCCUGGGGCUCAGUCCUCUCUUCCAGCAGCCUGAGAACAGAAAGAAGCUUCACCGCUUCAUCGAGCAGUUUGUUUACAAAUAGCCAUCUGUCGACAAACACUGUCCACCCCCCGCUGGCGGCCUGGCAUCUCAAGAGCUUACAUGAACACGACCUGCCCACUUAGCUGUGCUCUCACAGCCGCGCUGGGUGAGGCCUGGGCAGCGGCCAGAUCCAUUCCGAUGCAGAAGAGGGGUCAAUGAGUGUGCUAUCCAUGCCGGGCACACCUACUUAGUCUGCGGUGGAACAAUCUCUCUGCCCAAUUCACUGGAGCUUAACCCUGUUUUCAGGUUUAGUAUUCAACUGCAGAGUGACCAUCACAUUGCAGGUAUCGCUCCGCUGCAUAUUUGUACACCUCGGAGAUUUUCCGUCUUCCAGCUUUGUUCACUGACCUCAUAGGGUCACAAUUUUUAUGUUUAUAGAACAUGACGUUUCGCCAAUAAAGGAAUCAUUUUGAAGCUCACUUUUCAUAGACUUGUUUGCUGUCAUGUGACAGUUGCAGGAUUUAUUAUUUUUUAGAGGUGUUUUGACUUUUCUUCAUGUUGGUCUGAAGUUUAACUGAUUAUUUAAUUUCAGUAUCAACAGCUGUGCUGAAAUCUGAGUUUGUGUUCCUCAGUAUUUAAAUGUGAUCUGUUAUUCACAAAUACCAAUCAGAAUUGUGUUGCAUGUUUACGUUUCACUCAAUUGUUUCAGGUCUGCUUUCAAAAGAUAACAUUAAAAAAGAACUUUUGUUCAGUUGAUUUGA